CGUGCCGAAAGCACGGUUGCAGCGUGUCCGUUCGUGUUUCACUCUUAAAAAAGUGACAAUUAAAAAGGAUAUAAAUAUCGUGUACCGUGUUGAGGAAUAACACUGUUAUUGCAUCAAAUAAUUUUUAUUACGUGAAAAAUUAGGUGGUUCGUGAAUAUGAAAUUUAAAUAUUAAAUAUAAAAAUAUACAAUUGAAACUCAAUAUCUAAGAAAAUUUGAAGAAAUUUGUCGGCUGUUUUGGUAAACAACAUACAAGAGAUGUUUCAGCGUAGAAAUAAAGGAUCACGAAAGCAACGAGAAAAGCUGCAAACGCGUUGAAGCGGAGGAACGUAAAUUAGAAACAACAUCCUGAAACGAAGCUUUCAAGCUGUAGUUCACUUUUCUCAUCGGAUUCGGGGUAAUGCUUGCAAAACAGAAGCCACCUUACGACAGGAGGGCGAUAAUCGAGGAUGGAAACUGUAUGACACUCGGAAAUGCCCAAAUUGUUGAGCAGAGAUCGUCGUCGAUGGACCGGGGUUAAGCGUCAUGGCGAAUCAAACGACCAAUUACUAUGGGGACGUUUAUCAAUGGAAUAGCACCGUGUCGACGACCGAACGAAAUAUCCAGGCGGAAUAUUAUCUACCGAAUUGGACGGACCUCGUUUUAGCCGGCCUUUUCACCAUGUUAAUCAUCGUCACUAUAGUAGGCAACACACUGGUUAUCGCGGCUGUGAUAACAACUAGGCGCCUUCGAUCCGUAACUAAUUGUUUCGUAUCCAGUUUGGCCGCUGCGGAUUUAUUGGUCGGCCUGGCUGUAAUGCCACCAGCAGUAUUAUUACAGCUCACAGGUGGUACUUGGGAGUUGGGUGCGGUACUCUGCGACUCGUGGGUCUCCCUCGACAUCCUUCUAUGUACUGCCAGCAUUCUAUCGUUAUGUGCCAUAUCCAUAGACAGGUACCUAGCCGUAACUCAACCACUGAUAUACAGUCGACGACGAAGAAGCAAAAGAUUAGCUGGUCUGAUGAUCGUUGCUGUGUGGGUGUUAGCCGGUGCUAUAACCAGUCCACCUUUACUAGGAUGCUUUCCACGGGCGACAAAUCGUGACAGUAAAAAAUGCUCGUACAAUAUGGACUCCUCGUACGUGAUAUUUUCCGCUAUGGGUUCGUUUUUUUUACCCAUGCUGGUAAUGCUUUACGUUUAUGGUCGGAUAUCCUGCGUGAUCGCCAGCCGGCACAGAAACCUCGAAGCCACCGAGACCGAAAAUACUCGACCACGACGAAACGUUUUGAUCGAACGAGCGAAGAGUAUCAGGAUACGAAGAACGGAAUGUGGGACCGGAAGUGUGACAUGUGACAGAGGCACUGACGAAGUGGAACCACCGAGCAGUAGUAGCAAAAAGUCUGGAAUCGUUCGAAGUCAUCAGCAGAGCUGCAUUAACAGAGUGGCAAGGGAGACAAAAACAGCUGGCACUUUAGCAGUGGUCGUAGGUGGAUUUGUGGCCUGUUGGCUACCCUUUUUCAUUCUAUACCUGGCUACCCCUUUCGUGCCCAUGGCACCACCGGAUAUCCUGAUGCCAGCACUUACUUGGCUAGGAUGGAUUAAUUCAGCCAUAAAUCCAUUCAUCUACGCUUUCUACUCGGCUGACUUCCGGCUCGCAUUCUGGCGGCUGACGUGCCGGAAGUGCUUCAAAAAUCGAAGCAAUUUGGAGCGAAGUAAUCGUAAACUACCGACUGCAGGGACUUGGAAGAAAGAGACGUCGAGAACGUGAAGAUCGAAGACUAAAAUCACUGUGAUUUAUCUAAAAAUCCAAAUCACGUUCAUUUAAUUUAUUUCAAAUGCAUACUGUCAUUUAAUUCCUCGGUUCUUUUUUCUACCUGAAGAUUAAAACGAAUAAUUUUAUUAUUCGGACAGAUAAUCUUAAAAUUUCGCACUUUUUUCAAAUUAGACUAAAAUAUAAAAAUACGUUAUUAUCCGAGUAUUACUCACGGUACUCUUGAGUAAAAGAAGAAACAACCAAGACACUUAUUUAUCUAAAUUCUAAAUAAUUGCGGUCCUAAUUGUAAGAAAACUAUAAAACUGUGUUCUGUAAGAAGGAACAUUACAUUCGCCUCCACUCGAUAAAAAAUCACCGAUACAAAAUAAUAAUUAAUCAAUCGUAGGAAAAUAGUCUUCGUUUGUCAUUACGAUAACUUGUCUAUAUCUAUCAGCGCAUAAUUGAUCUGUAAAUGUAGAAAGUACGCAAGUAUACGGAUUUUAUAAUGUCC